CAACCCUCACCUCCCGUGUCGCUCCACCUGUGCGCUCCGCCUCUCCCGUGGCCCCGUACCUCUCGCGCCCCGCGACCAAUGGCAGAUGCUGAGAGCCGCAAAAGAGAUAAAUCGAUAUUCUGAGCGAAAGUUAGCAUCAACACGCCUGAGCCGGAACUUGCCGAGUCCUCCCGGCUCGGUAAACACAACGAGUUUAAUCAACGUAAAAAAGGGAGGUUUUACUCGCCCCCAAGCAAAACUGAAGUUGUGAUCGGGCGCAGUGAUGCGUUGAUGGUGGCGGUGGCGGAGGUGGUGAUGAGAGGACGGACUGCACAUGAGACGUGAUGUGACCUCGCUAAAGAGAAACCCAGGUGGUUUUCUUUCAACAUGGGCAGGGCCUUACUGCCCUUCCUGCCCAGGCUGCUGCACAGGCUGCUGCUGCCCAGGCUCGUGCCCCUGCUGAUGCUGCUCAUUUUGCAGGGCAACAAUGCAGAGAGUCCGGAAGAGGGCGAGUCGCAGGUGUCCGUGGCCGAGGGCCUCGUUUUCGUGGCCACGCUGGACGGGCGCCUGCACGCCGUGAGCCGGGCCACGGGCGACGUCAUGUGGGCCCUGCGAGAGGAUCCUGUUAUUCAAGUGCCAGAGGACUUGACCAAACCGGCCUUCCUCCCCGACCCCAUGGAUGGCACCCUGUACUCCCUGGGAGGGCCAGACAGCGAGGGAUUGGUGAAACUGCCCUUCACCAUUCCGGAGCUGGUUCACGCCUCUCCCUGUCGCACGUCCGACGGGGUCUUAUACACAGGUAAGAAGCAGGACCUGUGGAUCGCUGUGGACCCCACCACCGGACAGAAGAUGCAGACUCUGAGCACCGCCUUCUCGAACGGGGUCCACCCCUUCCCACGCCUCAUCUACAUCGGCCGCACAGUGUACACCAUCACCAUGUUCGACACGAAGGCGGGCGAGCUGCGCUGGAACGUCACCUACUACGACUACUCGGCAGCGCGACUGGGACCCGACACGGACUACAAGCUGUCGCAUUUCUCCGCGAGUGGCGAGGGACUGCUGGUGACCGUGGGGGGCGAGGGUCCCACGUCCGUGAUGUGGGCGCGUGACCUGGGCUCCCCCGUGGUGGGGGUGUACACGUGGGGGGCCGACGGGGUCCUGCGCAAGGCCCCCCUCUCCACUCUGGCGGCGGACACGCUGCGCUACCUCUCGGUGUCCGCGGCGGGCGCCGGCGGGCGCUACACCCUGCCCCCGCACGACCCCACGCUCAAGACCAAGCUGCGCCGCACGCUGUACGUGGGCCGCUACUCCACGAGCCUGUACGCGUCGCACUCCCUGGUUCACGACGGCGUCUCCGUAAUGCCGAGGGGGCAGGCCAUGCCGCUCAUCGAAGGGCCGACCACCAAGGACGUGACGAUAAACGAGGCUGGCCACGCGUGCGAGAUGAACCCCCGCACGCAGGUGCAGUAUGCCGAGCGCCGGGCGGACGCGGACUCUGCCGGCGAGGGUGCCCAGCCCGCCCGGGUCGCCGCGCACGGCAGCUUCCUUCAGCAGCGGUGGCUGCUACUGGGUCACCACGAGCUCCCGCCCCAAGCUCACACGACCCUCCUGAACAUCCACAUGCCCGCGGCCUCUGCUGACCACCGGCUUCUGCAGGAGCGCGUCACGGUGAUGGACCCGGCGGCCACGGAGCGGCUCACCACCACGAUCCUGCGGCGGGCCGAGCGCGAGGCCCAGGGAGCGUCCGCGACGCUGACGGCCGCGGUGACGCACGGCUCCGGCGAGGCGGCCGCCAGGGACACGGCGGUGCUCGCCGUCGGCACGCUGCUCCUUGCCGGGGUCAUCGCCCUCGCCGCACUCGCCGCUCACUCCAAGAAGUCCCCCAAGGACAACGAGCAGCAGCGGCUGCAGCGCCAGCUCGAGGAGGUGCUGCGUCUCCUGCAGCCGCAGGCCGCGGCCUCCCCCACCUCGUCGCCGGGGCCCACGCCGCCGCCCUCCUCCGCCCCGUCGUCGCUCCUCCGCCGGGACGCGUCCGCGAGCGGCGGGUCCAGGUCCAGCGCCUCGUCCCCCGCCGCCUCCUCCUCCUCGUCCUCCUCCUCCGCCGCGUCGUCGCCGGCCGCCUCCAACCACUCGCGGCGGUCGCUGAGCGACGCGGGCGACGCGGGGAGCGCGGGGAGCACGCGGAGCUCCGAGAGCCACGACUGCGACGGGGGCAUCGUCGCGGUGGGGAAGAUCUCCUUCGACUCCCGGGACGUGCUGGGCCGCGGGGCCGAGGGCACCUUCGUGUACCGGGGUCACUUUGACGGGCGCGCCGUGGCGGUGAAGCGCGUGCUCUCGGACUGCGUGGCGUUCGCGGAGCGCGAGGUGCAGUUGCUGCGCGAGUCGGACGCGCACGCUCACGUCGUGCGCUACUUCUGCACCGAGCGCGACCGCCAGUUCCACUACAUCGCCAUCGAGCUGUGCGCCAGCACGCUUCACCAGUACGUGGAGGGGGAGCGUUUUGAUCGGCGGGGGCUGGAGCCGCUGACGCUGCUGUACCAGACGAUGUGCGGACUCGCUCACCUGCACUCGCUGAACAUCGUCCACCGCGACCUGAAGCCGCACAACAUCCUCAUCUCGAUGCCGAGCGCGCUGGGCCGCGUGCGGGCGCUCAUCUCCGACUUCGGCCUCUGCAAGAAGCUCAGCGCCGGGCGGCAGAGCUUCAGCCGGCGCUCGGGCACCGCCGGCACGGAGGGGUGGAUCGCGCCCGAGAUGCUGCGCGAGGAUAGCACCGAGAACCCGACGAGUGCGGUGGACAUCUUCUCGGCGGGCUGCGUGGUCCACUACGUGGUGACGGGCGGGGGCCACCCCUUCGGCGACGCCCUGCGCCGCCAGUCCAACAUCCUGCAGGGCGCGCACAGCACCGCGCAGCUGGGCAGCGACACGCACGACACCGUGGUGGCGCGGGACCUCAUCGAGGCAAUGAUCUCCCGGGAGCCGCGCAAGCGACCGUCAGCGGCCACCGUCCUCGCCCACCCGUUCUUCUGGAGCCUCGAGAAGCAGCUGCAGUUCUUCCAGGACGUGAGCGAUAGGAUAGAGAAGGAGGCGGUGGAGGGAGCGGUGGUGGUGCGGUUGGAGGACGGGGGGGCGCGAGUGGUGCGCGACGACUGGAGGCUUCGCAUCACUGUGCCGCUGCAGACCGAUUUGAGAAAGUUCAGGACGUACAAGGGCACGUCGGUGCGCGAUCUCCUCCGGGCCAUGAGAAACAAGAAGCACCACUACCGGGAGCUGCCGGUGGACGUGCAGGAGACGCUGGGCUCCGUGCCGGACGACUUCUGCCGCUACUUCACGUCGCGCUUCCCGCUGCUGCUACUGCACACCUACAAGGCCAUGAGGUGCUGCUCAGAAGAGAGGCUCUUCCACGCCUACUACCAGCGCCGCACGGAGGAUGGAAGAGACGCGUCCUCGCCGUGACGCAACCCGCUCGGGAGGGGACGUCCGAGGAGGAGGAGUUGGAGAACUUCGACGGCUACGCCGCCGCGGGGGGGGAGGGAAUGUGGACCCGAUAUACGCCCGGCGUGACCGCGAAGCGAGCGAGAGUGGGAGCAGGAGAGAGAGAGAAAGAGGAGCGUGCGUGGCCAACGAUCGGAGGAGCCGACGACGCCCGCAGAAGUUGCGACGGCGCCCGGUGCAGGGGCGACACGGAACCGUGACGUCAAAGCUGGCGGUGCCGCAGUUGAGCUGCCGGGGGAGCAAAAAAAAGUAUACAAAAAAGUAGGACCACAGAUUAGAUUGUAUAGUGAUGUGUGUUUUUUUUAUCAUCAAGAUAGUUUUAUAAUAAUAGUGAGAUCAAGAUGUCAUGAGGGCGAAAGCUGCUGAAGCCACCUGUGCAAAAUCAAUUCAAUGCAUGUGUAGCCGUUUGCUUCGUAAGUUUGUGUUCGCCCGUACGUUCAUAUUCGCCCGUACGUUCAUGCUCGCCCGUACGUUCAUGUUCGCCUGCACGUUCAUGUUCGUCUGUACGUUCAUGUUCACCCGUCCGUUCAUUUUCACCCAUACGUUCAUGCUUGCCCUAGUUCAUGUUCGCCCGUACGUUCAUGUUCGUCCGUACGUUAAUGUUCGUCUGUACGUUCAUGUUCACCCAUGGGUUCACAAAGUUUUAGCCGAGCUUUAAGCCGACGCGUGGAAUUUGCCAGCGAAGAAGACGUCGAGAGAAGAUGUAUCAUUUUUUUUUAUUGUGGGAGACUUUGGCAGUGAGGAACAAAAAAUGUGCCACAUCCCUCCACGAAAAAAUAACAACUCUGAGAAAUAAUUGUUUACAAAAGUGAUGGAUGACGUUUCGUUUUACAGUCAAAUGGCAGUUCGUUGAAUGCGUUUUUACUCGUGGCUGAGCAUUUAGAGCCACACUCUGCAGAAGCCAAGUGCAAUUAAAUUCAAGGAAAGAGCAA